UUUUUGUCUCCUUUCUUAAAAAUUGGUGUCACGUUAGCCUUUUUCCAAUCCAAAGGGACGAUGCCUUGUCGCAAGGAGAGAGAGAGAGAGAGAGAGAUGUUUAUUAUGAUGCUUUCAGAGGUUAUAUUGGGCCUUUAACUACAUUCAAACCUGGAAAAACAAGGAAGGUGCAAUAUUUAAACUUCCCGCGCCAAAGUUGUGUUGCCGAGCCGUUGCCAUGACAAUCAGCUCGUCCGUAUCCUUCUAUCUGGCAACCGCGGUCGAACCAUUUAUUUUAUUAUACUUCUGUUUAACGUAAUGAGAUGACCUAAAUUUAAAGGCACUAAAGCUUCCAACGGAAAUGUCACAUGUACUUUAGUGUAAUCUUUAGCAGUUUUAUAUUCAAUCACAAACAUGAUACUUGGUUACUACAAUCCCGUUGCAAUAGGCUACGCUAUUCAUGGUUCUUCACUAUGAUACGUGUUUCAACAGUAUAUAUAUGAAAUUGAUUAGAAAAACAUACACACUAGCACAUAUUUACAAGACAUAGGCUACAGAGAACAAGACUAUAGCCUACAAUUUUUAUAUAUAUACUCAUGGCCCUUCACUCUAUAACAUUUGUUCCAAGCUUAUACCUAUGAAAUAAGACUCAUAAAAUACAUACUAGAAGAUAUUAACAAGGCACACUUAACUAGAACGUAGGAAAAUGAAGCCGAGGUCAGAGUGAGGGGAUCCGGACGCGAGGUCAAGUGGAGUGAGGGAGUCUGAAGUUGGAAUUCCUUUAGUGAGGUGGUUCUAGUGGUUCUCCUUCUAUUAUGGUCCUCUGGUAGUGUUCCUAGUGGUCCUCCUCUUAUAUAUGGUUCGUCAAAGCUGUCUGGACCAUUUGGCAGCAGAGGGAGGCGUGGCCGAGGCGUGGGCAGGUGAAACAGGAGGCGACGACGGUGUACAGGGGAUAUGGACGCCUUCGGAGGUAGGGAGGUGACCGAGCCUCCGUGUGUAGUUCCCUCGGCAAGGCAGUGGCGCCCCAAGUGAACAGAAUCUCCCGCCCAGGUUUUGCAUGUCUUUUCCCUGCUCUGAGGACAACUAGCAACAUGGCCCUUUCAGCACCCUACCCUGAUGACUCCCACCUUCUGCCCACGCCCUCCACACGCCCCUGGCCCCCACAAGCACCCAAUGUCACAAGAAGACUCACGAAUAGACACUCAGGAGGCGUGUACAGGUCACAGUGGGCUUGGGUGUGGGCGUGGGUGACCCUGGUCGUGCUGGCAGCCCCGACGGAGGCCAAGUACACUGAAGGGUUCCUCAAGGUGUAUGAGCGUUGGGUCUUCCUGGAGAGGUUCUGCUUCCUCUCCUUCGACGGGACGUUUGAGUUUGAAGUGAGUUAUGACCUCCAGUUCGGAACCCAGCGACUCCUCCUCUACUUCGACUCCAAGACCCAGUGGCCGGCCGUGUACAAGACGACCAAGACUUGCGAGGAGAAGGAGGGCGUCUUGAUCAAGGGGAAUCGCCAGAAGAUCAACCUCACGCUCAUAUCCAACAACCAAGAGUGCGCGGUGGUGCGGGAGCCGGGCGACACGGCCUUCAACCACUGCAAGGGCGUACGCAACUUCAAGAGUCUUCGGGAGCGCUGGUGGUUCAUCGCCGUCAGCAACUGUGAGAGCAACAAGGGCCUGGAGUUGUCGUAUAAACUCACCAUGACCAACGGGAACUCCUACUGGUUCAGACACUUUUCCGCCGACGAAUUCUACAUCCUGCAGACGAACCUGACGGCGCUGGGGCUGCAGGUGGGCGUGGUGUUGCUCUCCUGCCUCGCCUCAGCCAGGCUCAAGAAACGCGAGCUGCUGCACACCACCUAUCGCCUCUACCUGUCGACGGCCGUGACGCAGGUGUUCGCCCUCGUCUUCCUCACGCUGCACUACGCCAAGUACGGCCUCAACGGUGUCGGCUUCCCCUUCAGCAAGCUAUUGGGCCGCAUGCUCCACGCUGCCAGCACGGUGAUGAUGGUCCUGCUGCUGCUGCUGGCCGCCAAGGGGUUCAACAUCACGCGCGGGAGACUCAGACAGAACUCCGCGGUGCGCCUCACCGCCUUCAUGUGCAUCUACAUCGUCACCAGCGUCGGUCUGUUCAUCUACGAGCAACAGAUGUUUGACCCCGGCGAGGUGCUGUACCUGUACGAGUCGCCGGCGGGGUACGGGCUGGUGGGGCUGCGGCUGCUGGCGUGGCUCAAGUUCCUCUACUCGUGCUUCUUCACCGUCAAGCACUACCCGGAGAAGAUAACCUUCUACGGGCCCUUCUUCGCCUUCUACUCCAUCUGGUUUCUGGCCGGCCCGGGCAUCAUCAUCAUCAGCAACCACUUCAUCGACAAGUGGGUGCGGGAGAAGGUGGUGAACGGCGUCGACCUGGCCAUCACGCUGCUGGGACACCUGUUCUUCCUGGUCCUGACCCGCCCCAGCGCCGCCAACCGUAACUUCCCCUACCACGUCCGCACGGCGCAGGUGAGGGCGCUGGAGCACUCCUCGACGGGCGUGGUGGGCAACAACACCCUCGACGCCUUUGCCGCGCACCGCUACGCCCCCGACCUGCCCCAGCCGCGCACCCACGCCGCGCCCGACCUCUUCUUGGUGUCCGGGGCGGUGGAGAUGGUGAGGAGCGGAGGGAGAGAAAGGAUGGGGAAGGGAGAAAGGGAGGAAGAGCUGUGAGGGAAUGGGAGAGAAGGAAGG